AUGAGCUUGAUGCCACCGCCAACAACCACCAGAAAUACCCAGAAACCCGCUCAGAAAGUCGCCCUACAGCCCGGUUUCGGCCCUUUAGAUUGGGCAAAAUUGAAAUCAUCCUCAGAAGAUCUUAGACAGGUUGAUUGGAAUUGUCCAGUACCCAUUUCACCUAAAAUGAUGUCCUUGCACCGUCGUAAACCAGAUAGUGUUGAUGAUGAAAUCUGGUGUAGCUUUAGCGGUAAAGUGUAUAAUGUGACGCGAUAUUUGCCAUUCCACCCAGGUGGCGAUAAAGAGGUCCUCCGGAUCGCUGGUAAGGAUGGCACGGAUUUGUUCAUGAAAACACACGCAUGGGUCAACAUAGAUUACAUGCUGGAUGAAUGUCUAAUUGGAUUUCUAGUGCCAAAUGGCCGCGGUGUACAAGAUGCUUUGAUUGACGAUGAAUGA